UUAAUGAAUUUACAUUAAAUAAAGAACAAAAAGCUGCAUUCUUGAUAAUAGCAAGUCAUCUCGAUGGUGAUAGUCGAUGUCGUACAGGUGACAAUAAUGGUCAACUCAUUAUGUGUGUACCUGGUUGUGGUGGAACGGGCAAAUCACAAUUGAUUCGUGCUCUUACAAAAUAUUUUCUUGUUACAAAAAGAAUGCAAAUGAUGCGAAAACUUGCACCGACUGGAAUUGCAGCUGCUGAAAUUGAUGGCAUGACAAUUCAUUCAUUUUUAGGUGAACAACGUAAUUCACGAAAGCCACGUACCAUCAAACCAGGUGAUUUCAAACUUGAAAACGAAUGGAGAUCAGUUGAAUACCUUUUAAUUGAUGAAAUGAGUAUGGUUGGCUUAACAUUAUUAGGCAAACUCAAUAGAAUUAUUUGUUCUGCCAAACAUGUCGAUCCUCAAGUUCCAUUUGGUGGUGUGAACGUCAUCUUCUUUGGUGAUUAUUUACAAUAUCGACCAGUCUAUGAUUCACCAUUGCAUACUGAUUUUUCAUUACCAUCAAAAAAGAAACAGGGAAAAAUACCAUCUGAAAAAGAAAUUCAACAAGGUGUGUCGCGUUCUUUAAUUCUUCAAAUGAAUUGCGUAGUCAAACUUACACAACAGAUGCGAACAGAAGAUUUGCGAUAUCUGCAAUUACUCGAUCGGCUUCGUCAUGGCCAAUGCAAUUAUGACGAUUAUGAAUUAUUGCAGACACGAGUUGUUGGACAACCAUCAAUAGAAUCUAUACAUGAUUCACCAUGGAACAAAGCACCUAUUCUCGUGUUUCGAAAUGAAAUUCGAACACAAAUAAAUAACAAGGCAGCAAUUCACAAUGCAACACAAAUGGGUCAUACACCGAUGGUAUGCGUCGCUCAAGAUACGUGUAAAGGCAAAGCAAUUGAAGAUCCAAUAUUGCUUAAAAAAUUAUUAGAAUUGUCUGACAGCAAAACAGAACAUUUACCUGGUUUAUUACCUUUUGUACCAGGUAUGCCUGUUAUUUUAACACAAAAUAUUGCUACUGAAUUGGGUCUUAUCAAUGGCAUAAAUGGAAUAUUUCGACAACUAGUAUAUCACGAAGAUUCGGUAUCAACAGGAAAUCUAUCGGAAAUGUUUCCGAAUAAUACACAGUAUGUUCGUCGACCAAUAUAUGCUUUGAUUGACAUUGUAAAAUCGAAGAUUGAAUGCAAACUUCAAGAUCUUCAACCAAAACUUAUACCAAUUCCACUAAUAGAACAAACAUUUCAGGUCGAUGUUGGUGAUCUUAUUCCAAAAGAUAAGAAACCAAAAUCAAAUCAAAAGACAGUUUUAUCAAUUAAACGAUCUGCGUUACCACUUGUACCUGCUUAUUGUAUAACAACACAUAAAAGUCAAGGUCAAACAUUGAGCAAAGUGGUUAUUGAUUUAAAACUACCAAGUGAAACUGAUGAUAUUGCAGCGGUCUACGUACCACUAUCUCGUGUAAAACAUUUGGUCGAUUUAGCUAUUCUACGGCCAUUUGAUUAUAAAGUUUUACUUAUGAAACCAUCUAAAUCUCAAGUUACCGAAAUGGAAAGACUCGAUCAGCUGUUUUUGAAAACACGAUCACGUUUUUCGGAAUGGUUUCAAUAA